UGCAUCACUCAGUUCUGUUUAUUAUCGGGUAACUGGUAGUGCCUUACUGCUCAAACCUUCUAUUCAUAUCAGGAUCGGAUUUUAUCUUAAAACUGUGCUAAUAUGACAGAGCUUUUAGUCAGUGUGUCCGUUCACUUAGCCUACUUAGUCUAGACGGGGGGUUGGGAGGGCAGAACCAAAUCUUUGACCCCGAUCUUCAACAUCCUGACAAACCGGAGCAAUCGCGAACACACGAGAGCUCGGUUUUCUUUAUGGACAUCGAAUAAAACCUAAAUCCAGUCCGAAUCCACUGGGUUUUAAACGGGAUGUAACACAUCAGUACCUGCCAGUGAAAUCAGCUCGUUCCGAUUCGGGUUUCGCGUCUUUCUCGUCAUUCAUUUCGCUUUGACAACAUGGAGAGCGUGGAGAGAGAGUGUGGAGCUCUGGGUGGAUUAUUCCAGGCGAUUGUGAACGAUAUGAAGAAUUCAUACCCAGUGUGGGAGGACUUCAGUGCUAAGGCCACUAAGCUACACUCCCAACUUAGGACCACAGUACUGGCGACAGCUGCUUUCCUGGAUGCCUUUCAGAAGGUGGCGGACAUGGCGACAAACACAAGAGGUGCUACAAGGGACAUCGGCUCAGCGCUGACCCGAAUGUGCAUGCGCCACCGCAGCAUUGAGGCCAAACUGCGACACUUCACCAAUGCUCUUAUGGAAAAACUGGUUACACCACUUCAGGACAAAAUAGAGGAGUGGAAAAAGACUGCUGCCCUUUUAGAUAAAGACCAUGCCAAAGAGUACAAACGUUCUCGACAAGAGAUCAAGAAAAAAUCCUCAGACACUCUCAAACUGCAGAAAAAGGCCAGGAAAGGUCGAGGAGGGUUGCAGCCUCAGCUGGACAGUGCUAUGCAGGAUGUGAGUGACAUGUACCUGCUGAUGGAGGAGACGGAGAAGCAGGCGGUGCGUCGAGCCCUUCUUGAAGAGAGAGGGCGCUAUUGCACCUUUAUUAGCUUCCUGCAGCCUGUAGUGAACGGAGAAAUUGCUAUGCUGGGAGAAGUGACUCAUCUCCAAACUAUUGUGGAUGACCUUACCAUGCUGACCACUGACCCACAUAAACUUCCUGAGGCCAGUGAACAGGUGAUCUUGGACUUGAAGGGGUCUGACUACAGCUGGUCCUACCAGACUCCCCCCUCCUCCCCCAGCAGUGCUGGCUCCAGAAAGAGCAGCAUGUGCAGUUUGGUGCAUUUACCACCAGGUGGAGCUCAUCGCCUAAGCAGCGUCUCCUCUCAUGAUUCUGGAUUCAUCUCUCAUGAUGCCAACAUGCAGUCCAAACCACCUUCUCCCAUGCCAUCAGACAUUACCAGCCAGAAGUCGUCCAGUUCAGCAUCUUCUGAAGCCUCAGAGACGUGCCAGUCUGUAAGCGAGUGUGGUUCACCAACAGCAUUUGGCUCAUCCAUCGCCUCUUUCUACCCUGCUCACAUUUAUAAUGGCACCAUCAGACCCCACCCAUCCAUGUCCUAUAAUCAUUCUUUUGGAUCAAACUCCCCCUCACCCACAUCAAAAGUUCCCCACUGGAAGCAGGACUGGUCUAAAGCAGCUCACUACGAGCAGCAGGGGGUGAUGAUGCAGCGCAGGGUUGAUGCUGUCGAGUCCUCCAGUGGAGCGAGAGGCUCUCUGCACCAUGAGGAUCCAUACAGGACUAGAUUGAGCCCUGGGAACAUCAGUGCAAAGCACGGGAAGCCGAUGCCUGCAGCCAGUGAACUGGCCAUGGUUCUUACUCGUGGCCUGAGUCUGGAGCAGCAGAAGAGUAGCUGUGAUUCACUGCAGUAUUCCAGUGGUUACAGCACCCAGAACACCACCCCGUCCUGCUCUGAGGACACCAUUCCCUCACAUGGCUCUGACUAUGACUGCUACUCUAUAAAUGGAGAUGUUGACUGUGAUACUCAAACAGACUUUGAUAAAUCCUCCACUGUCCCCCGGAACAGCAACCUGGCCCAGAAUUACCGUCGUAUGAUCCAAACCAAGAGACCUGCAAGCACUGCUGGGCUCCCUGGAGGUGUAGGUGCACCUGGAUCCAGUAAAGCAGGAGGGACUGUCAUAUCCUCUGGAACUGCCACCAUUCGCCGGACCCCAUCCUCCAAAGCUGGUGUGAGGCGCACCCCUUCUAACGUGGGCCCGAUUCCCAUCCGUCCUCCUAUAGUCCCUGUGAAAACACCAACUGUCCCUGACUCGCCUGGUUUCCCCAGUCCUCCCCCAGACCACAACGGCAGUGAGGAGAGCCUGUAUUACGAGGAAUCUAUGGAAAACCUAGAGUACAAAGCUUCACCCAAGCGGAUGAGCCUGCCUAACCCGGCAGCUUGGAGAGCAGCUUCUGGGAUGAGUUUUCAUGCCCAGCAACCUGGCAUGAUGGGUCUCAGCAUAGAAGAUGAUCAGAUGCUGGCUGCUAACCGCCACAGCCUUGUGGAGAAGAUUGGCGAACUGGUAGCUAGCGCCCAUGCCCUAGGAGAUGGCCACUUCCCAUUUCCAACAGAUGUCCAGGCUAGUCAACAUGACCCAUCACCCCCUAGAGAGGGAGAGGACAUACUGAAGUCUAUCCGCAGAGGAGUGCGCCUCAGGAAGACUGUCAGUAAUGACAGGUCAGCACCUAGGAUCUUGCAGUAGAUAUGCUUGGAUCACACAGCCAAAUUGACUCUUACUGAUUCUGCACAAGAGAGAUGUAUGUAUGUAUGUAUGUAUGUUGAAAUUGUUGAAAACAAUAGUUCAUAGACGAAAAGUACAAAAAAGAAAUUGUUUAUAAACUGGUGAUGAACCAGUAGCAGGCCUGUGUGAUGAAGUCAUGUAUAUGGACACAGUUUGUGUAUGGACUAUUUUCGGUAGGUAUAUUGAAAAUGUUUUAGUAACAUCUAGUGAAAAGCACACUGCUGUGACAGUUUGAGAGACGAGAGUAUGUAUAAAGUGCAAAAAAAAAUUCUAGUUACAGUACAUGGUCAAAAGAAUGUGGACACCCCUUCAAUUGUGAGGCAUGUCUAGCCCUGUUACACAUAUUUGCCACAAUUAAUAUCGUCCAAUGAUUAAACAAAUGUGAUCUCGGACACAUGCAAGUAAUAUCUUGUUAAUCUGAUCAACCACUUAACCAAAUUUAAUUGGUUAACCGGUUUAUUUAAUUGAACACAACCAGGCUUUAUUUUAGUAAGCUCUGUGGAAUAUAAAUGAUUUACAGUUUGGUUGAAAUAAGAUGAUGAAUAAGCACAUAUUACAUAUAGAUGUAAUGUUCAGUGUCCACAUCUUUUUGACCAUGUAGUCUAUGUCAGGUGAUCCUUUUGGAGUUUUGAUUUGUAAUUACUAUGUUAAUCUUAUGUUACCUAACUGUAACUGUUAUAAGGUGAGUUUGACUAAUUUCUUAAUCUCCUAGGUGAAGAGGUUUGUGUUAAAACUCUUUACCUCGUGUUGUGUUUUUGUUAUUAAUCUAAAAGCUGUUGUGUUGAACGCAAAUGGCACCGCUGUAGCCUAUUCUUACUCAGAGGGACCACACAAAGUACUGUACAUACUAUAACUGCCAAAUAAACCACCCCAAGUGUACCACCUCA